GCCGUCGUCGUCAGUGAGUAUGGAUGUUAGUCACGGGAAGCCCGCAUUUUCACUUUCACUUCGACUUCGGCCAGCGCCGGGUGCGAACGUGCUUUUCCGAGUAGCGAAGUUUUCGCGAUUCAACCAACCUACUCACCAUCCAUCCAUCACUGGGCGGUCGAGUUUUCCAACUGCCAAAACCGAAACGGGCGCGCGCAACGAACACGUGAGCGUAGAAUUUUUCGCGCGGUCGAAAGUAAAAGUGUUUUCUGUGUGUGAUUUGCAUUAUUGGCCGGUCGGAUGCUGCUAUUUGGGAAGGAGAUGUUAUUGUUUCAUAUCACCAGAAAAUAAAUCAAACCCAUCGCUACUGUUGUGUCAUCAUUCGGGUUGUGGUACCCUCGUUACUCUUUGAAGUGUUUUUGUGAAAUUAAUGUGUCUGUCUGGUGUCUAACUACCAAGUUCAAAUCUCUGAUUGUGACAAAGUGUAUCCUGUAAAAGUCGAAAAGGCUGGAAAGGGAAUCGAAAGGUUCCUAUUUGUGGGAAACACUUGACGGGAUAUACCGAGAUUUGUUUUCGCCGAGCUAUUUGUGUGGUUAUUCGUGAAGUGGGCUCGAUCCACAUAAAUACAGAACAAAAGGAAGCUCUGUAAAGAAACAAACACCGAAGAUUGUUGGUAGCCGUGUGUUCGUGGUAAACAAUUCGUCAAAUAGGUCACCUCUCCACCGUGGAUACAGUAACGAGCACAACAAUAUAAAUCGAUGGUGAUUUUGAAAAUUGUAGCCGUUUAUCGCUGGAUGAGCAUCGAGAAUUUUUAAACAAUUGAAUGCAUUAUUGGCCAUCUUUACGACCUCAUUAAUCUAACAACCCACGAUUCGUCUGAAGCCUACAAGAGCAGAUCCAUCACCACCAGCAACAUCGUGCCAAUGAAACGGAAAAUGCGAUAUAUUAUCUGUUCCGUCUCUACCGUUUCGUUAUCCGUCGGCACAAUUUGAGGGUGACCAUAGGCCACGGCAACGGCAUCAUCCCGGCAACGCACUUAUCAUCCUCGCGCUCUACACCGAAUCGUUUCGCGCCAUUCGCCGGCAUUUUUCGGAUGGAAUCCAAUUUGAUUAACUGUUCCACCAGCAUUGGAUCGAGCCGGAACAACUGGACCUGCUUCGUCGUGCACUAUGGACCGGAAUCGAUGGCAUCCCCGUCGUUGACCAACCUCAGCCAGUCGCAGUAUGACGAACUGGAAGCGGAAGUGGAGGACUUUGAUGGGCUGCUGGUGAUUGAUCCUGCCUACGAGCUACGGUACGGACUGGUGGGGACGGUGCUGCUGAGUGUGGCCUACGCGCUGAUAUUCAUCGUCGGGCUGCUGGGCAACAUCUCGGUGGUGAUUGUCGUCAAGAAAAGCACCAUGAUGCGAUCGCCGACCAAUCGCUUCAUCGUCAAUCUGGCGUACGCUGAUUUAUUGGUCAAUUUUCUCUGUCUGCCGUUCACGCUCAUCGGCAAUCUCUAUCCGGCGUGGAUCCUUGGGGUGUUCUUCUGCAAAACCGUGUCCUAUAUGCAGGGCGUUUCGGUGUCGGCUUCGGUCAAUACGUUAAUGGCCAUCUCCAUCGAGCGCUGUGUGGCCAUAUCGUUUCCCAUCUCCGGAACCAUCACCACCAGACAAUACCGGGCAAUUGUUACCGUCAUCUGGCUAAUUGCGUUGGGUAUAAAUCUUCCAUGGUUGUUCGUUUUCACGUUAAAACCGAUAGGCAUCCCGGGAAGUUUGGCACAGAUCUGCACCGAGUUGUGGCCCUCGCCGGCAUCCGAGAGCUGGUACUUUCUGUUCGCCAACCUGUUUCUGUGCUACCUGGGACCCCUCAUUGUGAUUUCGAUUUGCUACGUUAUCAUCUGGAAAAACGUCGCCUACCGGAAGCUACCACGUGACCUGAUCAUCAGCCGGAAAAACGAAGUCUACAAUCGCAGCAAGGUGAAGGUCAUCAAAAUGGUUUUCGUUGUAAUCAUCACCUUUGCCAUCUCGUGGCUUCCGUUGUACACCAUUUUCUGUUUCGUCAAGUUCGCUGGCGAUCUGAUAUACGACGAGUCAGUUCAAGCCAUCAUCUUUGGAAUCCUGCCGGUAGCGCAGUGGCUGGGUGCGGCCAAUUCCUGCAUCAAUCCCAUCCUGUAUGCAUUCAUGAAUAGGAAAUUCAGAGCCGGUUUUCGGCACCUGUUUCGAACGUGUUGCAACAACGAAGACGACGACUGGGAUCAACCGACAACGGUGUUGCGUAGUGACGACACACGUGAUCAUGUGCUUCGGCGGAUACGAACCGAGAGGCACUUUGUCCGCCAUGGAACCAAAAAUGGCCUUGGGCCACCGCAUUUGGGUUCUCUCCGGUAUAGUCAUUCAACGAAGGUUUCGAUCCAACCCAAACUGUAGUCGAUUGAACAUUCGCAGUCGUUUCGACAUUUGCCAUCUUCCGCUAGGGUUUCAUUGCCAAGCUGUAGUAGUUCCGUAGUCAUCGUAGAAUGAGCGGAAGUAAAUCAUAAGAGAACAAUAUGCUUAGUACAAAGUUGAAAACUUAAAACGUAAUGCACAAGCAAAUGGAUUGUUAGGUAGUGUUGUGGAAGGGGGCUUAACAUUUCCCCAUGGUUAUUGGAAGCAAUCGGUUCAAAACCGUUAUCCAGAGGUAUGAUCAGAUCAGAAACUUUUAAUGAGCGGAAGAAAUAUUUACGAUACCCGACGAACCCCAAAAAUCUAUUUUCGUACGUAAUUUGUGAUAUUUAGCUCAAAAUGCAGAAUAUUUAUGAACGUUCUCGAUUUUAAAAUAAACCUAACUCCAAAGAA